AUGGUGGUGGUGGGGUGUACCGUGUGUUUGCUAUCACUUACGAGGAGUGGUAAAAUACUUGAGGGUGGUAACAAGAAUGUGGUUGAUCUUGAGCCGAUAGAUGAAGAGGAAGAGGUGCAACCGAAGCACCCAUUAUUGUUGAUGAGAAUUCUACCGACAAGAAGGUUCUUUGAUAUUCCUAGAGAUUGUGAAGGAAGGCGUCACAGCAACGACGUAAAAAGGGCUCUCCGUCCUUUGACUCAGCUUUUCAAGUCUAAACCUCCCUUUCCUCAGAGGUUAAUAAAGAAAAAGGAAGAUGCUAAGUUCCACAAGUUUUAUGAUCAGUUGAAGCAGUUAUCUCUGAAUUUUCCCUUAUUGGAAGCUGUCAAGGAGAUGCUCGAUUUUGCUAAAUAUUUGAAGGACCUGCUGACCAAGAAGAAAAUGGUUCAACAUGAAACCGUGAGUUUGACUCACACUGUGAGUUUCAUCAUCUCAACUACUACUGUUAAGAAAAAAGGCGAUCUUGAGGCGUUCACCAUUCCUUAUUCUGUUGGGCACCAUGAUUUUGCUUGUGCUUUGUGUGAUAAUAGGGUGAGUAUUAAUUUGAUGCCCCUUGCUAUAUACAAACAAUCAGGUUUGGGGAUGCCAAGGCCAACUACUAUGAGGUUGCAGAUGGCUGAUAGGUCUAUCAAAAAGCCUGUUGGUGUGGUUAAUGAUGUGCUUGUGCGGGUUGGUGAAUUUAUGUUACCUGCUAAUUUUGUGAUUCUUGAUUGUGCUGUUGUUCGGGACAUUCCUAUAAUUUUGGGCAGACCUUUCCUUGCUACAGAGAAAACUCUGAUGGAUUCGGAGAAAAAUGAAAUCAAGUUCCGAGUCAACGAUGAAGAAGUUACUUUUCAGGCUAGCAAUGGGAUGAAGUUACCAAGUGCUUACGAGAGUAUUUCGAUGGAAGAAGAAAGUGCAGGUAAAGCUCUAGCUGGUAUUCUUGUGAACAUUGAUGCUGAGGACAUGGAAGGUUAUGUAGAGACAGUUAAUUCACUUGUUGGAAUUACUCCUCCAAGAAAGCCUUCGAUCAUUGAGCCGCCUAAGUUGGAGCUUAAGCAGCUCCCAUCACAUCUGAAGUAUGAGUUCCUUGGUCCGAACAAUACAUUACUAGUGAUUGUUUCAGCCCUACUAACUGAGGAGCAGAUUUCACUGCUUUUGAAGGUAUUGCGUGAAUACAGGCGUGCUAUUGGUUGGACCAUAGCAGAUAUUUGA